CUAAAGUAUGGAGUCAACAGGAAGACAAUCCACAUUCAGGCUCCUCACAGUCCCCCUACCCCCUUUACCCCCCGCCCCCGGGGUGAGGAUGUUAGGAUUACUACCUUCAGCCUACUUGCUCCUCCUGCUGGCCAGCGCCAGCGUCCAGACCCAGACAGGCUCACACUCGCUGCGGUAUUUCUACACUGCGGUGUCCCGGCCCGGCCUCUGGAAGCCCCGGUUCAUCGCUGUCGGCUACGUGGACGACACGCAGUUCGUGCGCUUCGACAGCGACGCGGAGAAUCCGAGAUACGAGCCGCGCACGCCGUGGGUAGAGCAGGAGGGGCCGGAGUAUUGGGAGGAGCAGACACAGAUCGCCAAGAGCCAUGAGCAUAUUUUCCGAGUGAACCUGAGGACCCUGCUCGGCUACUACAAUCAGAGUGACGACGAGUCUCACACGCUGCAGUGGAUGUAUGGCUGCGACCUGGGGUCAAACAGGAGCUUCCUCCGCGGGUAUUGUCAGGAGGCCUACGAUGGCCGGGAUUACAUCACCCUGAAUGAGGACCUGCGCUCCUGGACCGCGACUGACGUGGCCUCACAGAUCUCUAAGCGCAAGUCAGAGGAGGCCGAUGAGGCCCACCAUCAGAGGGCAUACCUGCAAGGUCCUUGCGUGGUGUGGCUCCAGAAAUACCUAGAGCUGGGAAAGGAGACGCUACUGCGCACAGAUCCCCCAAAGGCACAUGUGACCCGUCACCCCAGAUCUGAAGGUGAAGUCACCCUGAGGUGCUGGGUCCUGGGCUUCUUCCCUGCUGACAUCACCCUGACCUGGCAGUUGAAUGGGGAGGACCUGACCCAGGACAUGGAGUUUGUAGAGACCAGGCCUUCGGGGGAUGGAACCUUCCAGAAGUGGGCUUCUGUGGUGGUGCCUCUUGGGAAGGAGCAGAGUUACACUUGCCAUGUGGAACAUAAGGGGCUGCCUGAGCCCCUCACCCUGAGAUGGGAACCUCCUCCAUCCACUGACUCUAACAUGGUGAUCAUUGCUGUUCUGGUUGUCCUUGGAGCUGUGGCCAUCAUUGGAGCUGUGGUGGCUUUUGUGAUGAAGAGGAGGAGAAACACAGGUGAAAAAAGAAGCUAUGUUCAUGUUUCAGGCUGCAAGGCUUCCCAGGUCCCUGACUGGCCUCAGAAGGCAUAAAAAGACAGUUGCCUCGUGGGGCUGAGUAACAAGUUCUGACUAACCAUCUGAGGAUGCUGCUUUUCCCUGUGAAGAACUGACAAGCCCAGUUCUUCCUCACCUACCUGGACACCUGAUUUCAUAACAGAAAAUUAUAAUCUGAUUCUUGGCUGGGUGUUUCCUGCUGUUUUUAUCUGUUUUGAAUGAAAAUGCAGUUUCCAGCAAGGUAACGCAACACAGUUGUGCAGUGGUAAUGACACUGGCAGAUAUUUGUGAGCUGGGUGUGUGGUGUGCUCUUGUUAUUGUAGGAAGAACAUGCCAUGAGCCCCCCAUCGGAGAGAGGGCAGGGACAGGGCACACCUUGUUCAACUGUGCUGUCUGUUUAUCCUUAGACAUCAGUUUCUUUAGAGGCCACACAAAGUCAUUAGAAAGACUGGGGUGGACAAUGACUGGAGAGAUAGCUCAGUGGUUAUGAGUGUUUGCUGUUUGAUGGGUGGUGGUGGUGCAUGCCAUCGAGCACUCAGGAGGCAGAGGUGGGUGGACCUCUGAGUUCAAGGCCAGCCUGGUUUAUAAGGCAAGUUCCAAGAUGGCCAAGUGUAGGAGGAGCUAAGGUGGGAGGAGAAAGGAGGAGGAAGAAGAGGAGCAAGUCGAGGGAGAGGCAGAGAUGUAGCAACAUGGAUGAUCUAGCAUGUACCGAGAGCAGUCCUGGGUAACAACUUAUCUGGGUUAGUUCACUGGGAAACACCUCUAGUUGUGUGGGCAUAUUGUUACUGAGCAUUACCAAAUAUAUAAAGCCUUUGAUUAAUAUUUAA